AUGUUGAAAUCAUUAUUAACGUACGCCACGCUCCUGGCCAGUGUCGCCGCUCUUCCAGUCGCCGAGGAGGCAGCCAUCGCGGAAAUGGAAGCCAGGAGCAGCGUUCCAACGGAAGAGAAUGCUGCCUGUUACGUUGCUGCGGGGAGCUCAUGUCCCAGCACCGCGGUGGAAUCCAAAGGCGACCACGACGACGGCAAGAGCAUCGGUCUCGUCGUCCGCAACACGGACACCAAGGACCGCAUGUUUUUCAUUUAUAAGAACAGCUGCGACUGCGUACCCGUCAAGUACCUGACAAUUCCGGCCAACAGCAAGAAGUUCAUUGCCUUCCCGGCCGACUUCCAGGGCCGUCUGCAACGCGGCACGACGCACAACCUGGACGGCAAGACGCACCGCCUCGGAACGUGGAUGGAGUUCUCGUGGGACAAGAACGGCUGGGGCUGGGCCGACGUCUCGCUGAUCAAGGGCUGCGACGGCGCGGUCAGCGUCAAGGCCAUUGACGGCAUCGGCGCGUCACAGGGCUUCACUGACGACGUAGAUGUGCUCGAUGGAGCACCGACGGGUGCCUACAAGAAGAAGGCCGGCGGCGGUGCCAAAGUCAUCAUGGAGACGGAGAAUGUAUCCGACUACAAGGACAUCUACACCAUUCCGAGGAACUGGCUCGCCAACAAGCUCGGCUGGGACAAGGCAUACAUUGACGACUAUCACGGCAACCCAGACAUUUGCUCAGUAAACGGUCGCUUCGACAUUACGUUCUAUCCGGGACGCUCCUAA